AUUCAAGGGUGGGACAUUGCUGGAUCACCAGCAGAACUUAAGGGUUUGUUCUUGCCAAUGCUUAGAUUCGCCAAAGAGGUAGGGUGGAUCUUCUCCCCAAAUUUCCCACCCUUUUCCACCAUUGUUGCACAUGUUUGAAGUUUCAUACCACAAUUUGAGCUUUGUUUCAAUUCCUUUAAAUGGUAAUUCUAGACUGUACAGUCACUGCAGAAUGUUUUUGGCUGAAAUAUCUAUUUAGAAUCCAUGGAGUGGAACAAUCCUUGAAAUUAAUUUUACAAGAUAAUCCCCAGAGUAUAGAAAGUCUCAAACUCAGAAUCUUUUAUUGCAGGCAUGUUUUGGGAGGGCUCUUUCCUCCUUUUGAAUGUUGGGCAUGGAUUGUCAUUAUCAAUCUCAUUUUUCAUUUAACCUAACCUAACAUUAUUAAACAAUUCAACCCUAAACCCAAACCCAGAAAACAGACUCAAGUUUGACCGAGACUCCCAACUAUACUAAAUAGUUUAUAGUUGACUUAUGGGUAUUAUUUUAUUAAUCAUCUAUAUAACAGAACCUGCAAGUAGAUUUGUUUCUUCAUUUUCAUUCACAGGUCCAAGUAGAGAAGAUAUCAUUUAUGCUAUAUUUUGGCUGGUUUUGGGGCUGUUAAAAUCAGCUGUUUAGCAGACCCUGCAGGUGCUGAAUUCCAAGUUUCAAAGAGAAACCAUGCUGGUUGCAGAGGAGAGUGGUGGAAAUCUUCCCUGCAAGUGUGACUAAACUUUGGAAUGAAUGGGAAAUUCGAGUAGUAGUUUUACUCAGCCUCUUCUUCCAAAUUGUCCUCAUCCUGUUUGGCAACCGGAGGAAAUAUAUAGCCAGAAACUGGGUCAGAGUCAUUAUUUGGCUCACCUACUUGCUGCGGAUUGGAUUGCAGCGGUUUCUCUUGGAGCACUUUCCAACCUGGAAGGAGACGUUGAAGAUAAGUCAUCAGAAUUAAACAAUGUGCUUUUGGCAUUUUGGGCACCAUUUCUGCUGCUGCACCUUGGCGGCCCAGACACCAUCACAUCCUAUUCUCAGGAAGACAAUGAGUUAUGGCUAAGGCAUUUGCUUGGGCUAUUCGUCCAGUUUUGUGUGGCAUUUUACAUCUUUCUUAGGUCGUGGAAGGGCAAACUGCUUAAUAUUCUAGCAAUUCCAAUAUUUGUAGCUGGACUCAUUAAGUACAGUGAGAGGACUUGUGUUCUAAGGUCUGCAAGCAGCACUCAUAUUAGAGAUUCCAUGCUCCCUCGUCCUGACCCAGGGCCUAAUUAUGCCAAAUUCAUGGAUGAAUUUGUUUUGAAAAAACGCGAGGGAUAUAAUGUUUCAAUACGGCUAGGAGCAGAAAUUUCUAAGAUGAUUAGUCGUUCUCAUCCAGCUGCAAUAAACAACAGUAUCCCAGAUGCGGCCAAUUUACAUGAUGCUUAUUACUUCUUCAAUACUUUCAAGCGUUUAUUUGCAGAUCUCAUUCUUAGCUUCCAAGAUCGCAGAUACAGCCAAUCCUUCUUCCAGAAUACAUCUUGGGAGGAAGCAUUCAAAGUGAUUGAGAUUGAGCUUGGAUUUAUGUAUGAUGUGCUCUAUACAAAGGCAAUUGUGAUUUAUUCUAGAUGCGGCUUUCUACUUCGCUUCAUCAGUCUAUCCUUCACAGUUUCUGCAUGCAUAGCCUUCUCGCUGUUUGUUAAGCAUCAGUACUCAGUUAUUGAUGUGAUUAUAACAUUCUUGUUGCUGGUUGGAGGAAUUAUUCUAGAGAUAUAUGCCAUUAUUGUACUACUUUCCUCAGAUUGGACUAUGCUUUGGUUGAGUCAGCACAAAAACCCGCUUGCAGAUCUCAUCUACCUAUCCAUCUCUUGUUGCCAAUUUUGUUUUCUGUUUUCUUCACGGAAGAGAUGGUCCAACUCCAUGGCACAAUACAAUUUAAUAGGUUUCUGCAUCAAAGAUAAGCCCAUCAAGUUCCUUGGAGUUCAAAAGUUCUUUCACGUUUAUCAAAUGUUAGCAUCACUACAAGAGUUUCACUGUUGUCUCCCCAGAUUUGAAAAGAUUGAUCUUUGAACAACUUCUAGAUAAAUCAAGAAGUGCAUCAGACAUCAAGGCAUGUAGGCAAUUAUGUGCUCAUCGAGGUGAUCAGGUACUUGGAGAAAUGGACUGUUUUGCUAAAUUUGGUUGGAGCAUUGAGGCAGAAUUCGAUGAGAGCAUCCUUCUCUGGCACAUUGCAACCGAUCUCUGCUACUAUACUGAUUUAAAUAAAAAUUCUAUCUCUGUCAAGAACACAAAAUGUGAAGCAUGCAAGUUGCUAUCUGAUUAUAUGUUGUAUCUUCUGGUAAUGUGUCCCUUCAUGCUACCUGAUGGAAUUGGACAGAUCAGAUUCCAAGACAGCUGUGCUGAGGCCAGAGUGUUUUUUCAGGAUAAGAAGCCUAUAACAAAUAGAAUCCAAGCUAGUGAAAAGUUACUUCAAGUUAGCACUGAAAUUCUACCCUCAGAAGUAAAAGGAGAUAGAAGCAAGUCUGUGCUAUUUGAUGCCUGCAGGCUGGCUAACUCUCUGCAAUCCCUGGAGAGAGAGGAGCAAUGGCAGUGUGAAAAGAAAUGGGGGAUGAUUAGUCUUGUGUGGGUGGAGAUGCUAUGUCAUGCUGCAAAUCAGUGUCGAUGGAAUCACCAUGCCACGCAGCUCAGGCGAGGCGGAGAACUUCUCACUCAUGUUUGGCUUCUCAUGGGUCACUUUGGUAUUACUGAACAUUUCAAGAUUUCACAAGGCUAUGCAAGGGCCGAGCUGGUUGUCAGUUGAUUAGUUUGAUGUCCCACAAGAUAUCUGAAUUGGUUGCAGUGUAAAAUAGGAUGACUGUUGACUAAGAGUAAUAUUGGGACUAUUGCAUCGGGUAAA